AUGGCGGAUUCGUGUUUUAGCGACGACAAUUUAUUGGUCAAUUGGCGUCUUCUCGAUGACAAUCUAUUAGAACUCAUUGCCAAGAGGUUAGAUGUUAUGGAUUAUAUUCGCUUUCGCGCCGUUUGCAAAACAUGGCGAUCUAUCUCUAUCAUCCCUGAGAGUCGACGUCUGCUUCCAUGGCUAAUCACCGGAUGUGAUCGCGUUGAUGGGCGACUCUUCUACAUCUCUUUUACCGAUGACAAAUUGCACUCCAUCGUUGUACCGGCCCUUAAGGAAAACAAGAGCGUUGAAUUAGGGAUCGUCGUCUCGUGCCAGGGUUGGUUGGUUCUAGAAGGACAAGAGAACUCAUAUGCCAUCUCCCUCCUCAACCCCCUCACCGGUGCACAUGUUCAUCUCCCCGAGGCCCCUAAGCAAUUGUUCACCAGAAGGAUUCAGUAUAACAUGCCCUUUGACCCCCUUCAUCCCGAGGCUACGAUGAAUUAUGUCGAGAUUCGAUACUUAAUCCAUCAGAUGGCGAUGUCCUCUGAUCCAUUGUCCACAACUGAAUGCAUCGUCGUAGUCAUCUCAGCCGUUAGCAAGGCAUUGGUAUCGCUUCGCAUGGGGGCGGAUGGUUCUUCGUGGCUCUUGAUGAACAACGAGAGCAAGUACGAGGACGUCGUCUUCUUCCUCAAAUAUUUUUAUGCUGUCAACUGUUUGGGAGAAGUUUAUAUUUUCUCAGGCAACAACCUUAAUAAGCUAUGGACCAUUACUUCUCCUUCAAUGGAGCUCAACAAAGCUGAUUGGAAGUUAACAUGUACCUCCACUGCACGCCCUUUGCUCUUUCAGAGAGUAAGUGAUUGUGAGGGAUAUAUAUCGUUUAAGGAUAGGAAGCUUCCAUUCUACAAAACCAGGUCGGUUAAUGUGUAUCAACUAUUUCGAGGACACAAUUUUGGUGAACCACCAGUAAAGUUUGUUGAGAUAAAUUUCCGGAAUUCUGUACUUUUUUAUGGGAUAUCUUCACCUCCGUAUUCCUUCCUGCAGUUAUUCAGCGGUAUGCCUAAUCUUGUUUACAUUGCCGGCGAGCAUGUAGAGAUGCCAGAUGAUGAUAGACUCAUUUACUACAUGACUAUGCCACAAAAGUUUGAUAAAAAGAAUGCAACUGUGAAGCCGCUGCUCCCUCAAGGUGCGACACAUUCCAUGUCAUUUUGGCACAUGCCACAGCCAUUUUAG